GGUCCCAGCCCGGGUCCGUCCCGUCGGCCGGCUGGUGUCCUGUCGCCCGCGCGUCCCAGCCAUGAGCUCCACGCAGUUCAACAAGGGACCCUCGUACGGGCUCUCGGCCGAGGUCAAGAACCGGCUCCUGUCCAAGUACAACCCGCAGAAGGAGGCCGAGCUUCGCAGCUGGAUUGAGGGCCUCACGGGCCUCGCCAUCGGCCCCGACUUCCAGAAGGGCCUGAAGGACGGAGUCAUCCUGUGCACACUCAUGAACAAGCUGCAGCCAGGCUCGGUCCCCAAGAUCAACCGUUCCAUGCAGAACUGGCACCAGCUAGAAAACCUCUCCAACUUCAUCAAGGCCAUGGUCAGCUAUGGCAUGAACCCUGUGGACCUAUUUGAGGCCAAUGACCUGUUCGAGAGCGGGAAUAUGACGCAGGUCCAGGUGUCUCUACUUGCUCUGGCAGGGAAGGCCAAGACCAAGGGGCUGCAAAGCGGCGUGGACAUCGGGGUAAAGUACUCAGAGAAGCAGGAGCGGAACUUUGAUGACGCCACCAUGAAGGCCGGCCAGUGUGUCAUCGGGCUGCAGAUGGGCACCAACAAGUGCGCCAGCCAGUCGGGCAUGACGGCCUACGGUACCCGGCGGCACCUCUAUGACCCCAAAAACCACAUCCUGCCUCCCAUGGAUCACUCCACCAUCAGCCUGCAGAUGGGCACCAACAAGUGUGCCAGCCAGGUGGGCAUGACAGCUCCAGGGACCCGGCGGCACAUCUAUGACACCAAGCUGGGGACCGACAAAUGUGACAACUCCUCCAUGUCCCUGCAGAUGGGGUACACACAGGGCGCUAACCAGAGUGGCCAGGUGUUCGGCCUCGGCCGCCAGAUCUACGACCCCAAGUAUUGCCCUCAGGGCCCGGUGGCGGAUGGGGUCCCCUCUGGGACUGACGAUAGCCCAGGGGAGGCCUCGGAGUAUCCGCCCUACUACCAGGAGGAGGCCGGCUGCUGAGGCCGUGUCCUGACCCCACACCACCCCCUUCAUCCCAGUUUUUGGGUUUUCUGUGUUUUUUCUUUUCUUUUUAAUAUACUCAGUGAUGCAGGGUUGGGUGGGAUGGGGUAGCUGGGGGCUCUUUCCCCCCAUUUUUUGGUUUUUCUUUUGUUUUUUUGAGAUAGAGUCUCACUAUGUAUCUUAGACUGAAACCAACUCA